AUGUUCUGGGAGCGGCACUCGUGUCGUUUAGUAGAUUUGGUUUUCUUACUGGCGCGCUACCUAGCUAGCAAGGGAACUUCUGAAGCAUUUUGAACUAACUCCCUACUGAGACUGCGAACCACCAGGGCACUUUAUUAGGUCAAAGAAACUGCGUGUGGAAAGAAACCAUAAACACGGUGUGGAGAUGUCAUUAAGCUGUUUUGGUGAACAGCGAUAAGCGUGCGGUUGCGUCCUCGAGACCUCAAAGGGAGGUGCCCUGCCCAGUCCAACAGAGAUCCCUGGGGAGGGGACAGAGAAUGCGGUGAGCUUGACUCGAAGACCACAGCGAGCGUCACAAUGGAAAAAGCGGCGUCUGUGGUCGUAGCUGGAUCUGACAUGAUGCCGGGACAGAUCCCUGACCCCUCCCUGACGGCCGGCUCCCUCCCCAGCCUGGGCCCGCUGGCCGGGAUCUCCGCCACCACGCUGACUGACCAGCUGAAAUUCGCCGACCUCCGCAACCUGGGGGCCAUGCUGUCCCCGCUCCACUUCUUGGGGAGGCUUGGGAAGAGGCCUGCGCCAAUCAAGACCGAGAUGGAUGAGGAAGAGGACAGGAGGAAACGGAGGCGAGAGAAAAACAAGGUGGCCGCAGCCCGAUGUCGGAACAAGAAGAAGGAGAGGACAGAGUUUCUACAAAGGGAGUCCGAGCGACUGGAGGUGAUGAACUCAGAGCUGAAGGCCCAAAUCGAGGAGCUGAAGCACGAACGGCAGCAGCUCAUUUUGAUGCUCAACCGCCACCGGCCCACCUGCAUCGUGCGGACCGACAGCGUGAAGACCCCCGAGAGCGAGGCCAACCCCCUGCUGGAGGAGCUGGGAGCCAAAUGAAAGGGCGGGCCCCCCCCCCCGGCGACCGUCGCCAACCGUUACUGUUUACAGCGCAGCUACAGCCAGCAGCACUUAGCUCUGCACUCUUUGCCUAGGAGGGAGAUGAGCACUCCUGCCUGAGGCUCAGGGUUAGGGAGCCUUUUCAGAUAAGGGUAGCUCAACGUGAUUGGGAGCUGGCAGCCUUUAGCCUUUUUGUUGUGGCUCUCCAGUGCCUCACAGCCCCAGCUACCAUCACUACAUACAAACCAAUGAAAAGGAAACAAAUGCAACAGUCGAAGUCGUUGAAGAAACACACUAAGUCGGUAUGACACAUCUGUCUCAGGUACUCAGAGACAGAGGGGUGUGUGUUGUAUUUUUUUUGUUUGUUGUAUUUGACAGUGUAUACUAGUUGAAAUAAACAGUUAUAGUAUUUUUUUAAUGUUGAUUUAUAUCCUGCCCUUGACGAUGGCAGUGUCCGGUUGACCCGACUUUUGUGGUGACGCAGGCGUCAUGAAAGCACAUACAGGAAUUGUUUACAGUCUUGCUAUUUUUCAUUGUUACUUCCAGCUCACAGCAUAUUUUUAUUGUUUUUUAUACUGCUAGAUGCUAGAUUAAAUAUAUAUGUUUCACUAGAUGUGAUGCAUUUUACUUCCUUGUUACAGAUAUAAUGUCAAUUUUACUCUGAGGAAUUGUCUUUGUUUUGCUUUAUGGCUGCGAAACAAAUUGAAAGUUCCAUUCUCAGCCAGAUGUCCAUUUUGUAACUUCUCCAACAUGUAUGUCUUUGUUACUCUUUGUUGCAUACCAUUAAAUCCUAUUUUCAAAUGG